ACAUCCUAAGAAAUUGUCGUACCUUGUUCCUGAAAACUAUAUACCACAGUUAUUAAGUUCAAUCAGCAACGAAUGUCAUUUGAACCCAGGUUUGCUUUCCCGGCAAAACGCUGGCACGAGUCAGUUCGGCUAUAUAUUUCUCCCAUGAAGCAACUUCGCGGGGUCAAAAGUCAGGCUGGCCUUUUCCAGCAGCAAGGAAAGGAUAAUCCGCUUAAUUCCAAAACUUAACGGGAGACUUACACAAUCUCGAGCAUAUGAAUAGGAGUAUAUAGUAGUAUUGCAUCAUCGUGACAGUCAAAAAUCAGGCUCAAUCUAGCGUGGCUGGUUGGCAGGCGACCCACACUGAGCCUCGGCUUCGUGCGCCAAGCCUCCGUGUCCAGCAGGAGGUCGUCUGCGUUUGCCGUCACAAGUUUUGUCAACAUUCCCUCCAUUUUUCACUUUCGACCCAAAAUUCGAAUCUACAGGGGACAACGGACACGAUGGCGCCAUUAACCGCAGAAGAGGUCGUCGCCCAUCCGGCCUACAAGUACACAGACUGGAAGCUCCCUCCAACAACCUCUGGCAGAUGCCCAGUCGCGCAGAAGAGACGCGGCGGGCCGAUUAACCUGUACUACGAGACACAUGGCACGGGUCCAAUAAAGCUUGUGUGGGUAAUGGGCCUCAACGCCGUACACAGCGACUGGAAGCGACAAACGAAAUACUUUGGACACGACAACGCGCACAAGUAUACCUGCCUCGUCUUUGACAACCGCGGCGUCGGCAAAUCCGACAAGCCCCUCUCCUUCUACUCCACCUCCGAAAUGGCCCAGGACGCCGUCGACCUCCUCGCGCACCUCGAAUGGAUCGACCUCGACGGCCCGCCCUCCCGCGAUAUCCACCUCGUCGGCGCAAGCAUGGGCGGGAUGAUCUCGCAGGAGAUCGCGAUGAUUAUCCCCGAUCGACUGGCGAGUCUGACGCUAUGUUGUACAGCACCCCGGGUUGUGCGCACGGCGCCGUUCCUGGAGAACCUGCGGGAGCGCGCGGAGAUGUUUAUCCCGCGAAAGAUGGACCAGGAGCUGGAGAAGUUGGCGCAUUCGUUGUUCCCUGCGGAGUUCAUGGAGGAGCCGGAUGAUGAGUAUGAGGAGCCGGAGAAAAACUUCCCGACGAAGCGCGAUCGGUUUGCGGCGGGAAGGUUGCGAAAGUUGCAGGAUACAGAGGGGUUUACGAAGAAGGGGUUUCUAAUGCAGGUUGUUGCGUGCUAUUUCCAUCACAAGUCGGCUGCGCAGUUGAAGGCGUUGGGGGAUGCCGUCGGGCGAGAGAGGAUUGCAGUGCUGCAUGGGACUGUUGAUCGGAUGUUGACGUUUCAUCAUGGGGAGUUACUCAAUAAGGAGAUUGGGGAGGGGAUACUGUACAAGGUCUGGAAGGGGAGUGGGCAUAUGUUACCGUGGGAGAAACAGAAGGAGUUCAAUUCGUUGGUGGAGGGUCUUGUACAGAAGUGCGAAGAUCCGGGUGAUGUUAUGGGUCUUGGUAUAUAGCGGUGUUGAUACGAAUACACGAUGGACAUUUCUUUUAUGAAGACGAUUCAACUCUCUCUCUUGCUUAUGAUGAAGAUGACCGCGCACCUGAUCGCCUUCACCACUGGAACGCCAGUGGCGAGACCAAAAAGUCCAGACCGUUCAGAAUGAGGCAUGGCAAAAAGGAAAAAGGAAAUGACCUACGCAGGGAUCGAACCUGCAAUCUCUUG